AUGUCCUCCUCCUCCAUCGACCCCACUCUUCCACCCCUCAAACCCUCCUUCCAAGCAUCCGACCACAAAGAUGAAAGCCUCAGCAUACAGGCUCUCAUCGAGCAUCUAGACCUCCAGAAACAUCCAGGAGGCGGCUACUUCGUCGAAACAGACUGCGAUUCCCGCACUCUCACCGUUCCACCCUGGAAGGAUCCCUCCAACACUACACCCACCCACAACGCCAGCACAACAAUCCACUACCUCCUCACCCGCCACACGCCCCUCGGCCACUUCCACCGCCACCGCGCUCGAACAAUCCACACCCUCCACCGCGGUCGAGGUCGAUACGUAAUCAUGCACGCGGACGAAGUAGCCUCUCCUGCUUGUCCUUCUGGCGACUCGUCGUCAACAUCUAAGGACAUUCCUGAGAGCGAGAGGUGGGUCGGCAAGGCGAGGAUCGAAACAUUUGUCGUGGGUCAGGAUGUAUUGAAGGGAGAGAGGGUACAGUGGAUUGUGGAGGGUGGGAAGUAUAAGACUUCGUAUUUGUUGCCGGAUAGUGACGAGAGCAGGGAGAGCGAGGGUCUGUUGAUUAGUGAGACUGUUGUGCCGGGGUUUGAAUUUGGGGAUCAUGACUUCUUGAGGGAGGAACGAUUAAAGGCGCUUGUGGAGGAGAGGCAGGCGGAGGAGAUGGGGUGGAUGUUGAGGAGGGACUGA